AUGCGAGCCUCCAGGAUGAUGCCUGCCAGCCCCGAGGAGGACGCCGUGGCCGCGUUUCUGCAGUGCAUCGAGGACAUGGGCAUGAAGGCCUACGACGGCCUGGUCAUCCAGAACGCGUCGGACAUCGCGCGCGAGAGCGACCGCCUGAGGAGCGAGGCGAACCUGGCCUACCUGCGGGAGAAAGACGAGAAGCGCCGGCGACAGGCCGAGGCCAUGAAACGCAUAGGCGGCGACGGGCGAGGCCGCGACGGCAGCUACGCGGGCAGACAUUUCCGCAUGGGGUUCAUGACGAUGCCGGCUCCCCAGGACCGCCUCCCCCACCCCUGCUCCGGCGGCUUCUCCGUGAGGUCCCAGUCCCUGCACUCGGUGGGGGGCAAAUGUGAGCCAGGGAGGGGCACUGGUGUUCAAGCCGCUGUGUUUGUGACAACUCGUAUGGAGCAGUGGAAAGCAGUCCGGCUCGCCAGGUCCUCAGGCCGAAUCCGUGGGGUGGAUAUCGAGAAAAGCACGGAGCUUCGAGCAGAUGCCCAGCAACCUUGCUGUCUGUCCUUCACUCUCAGCGCCGGGCUGCAGUCUCAGGGUCCUUCCUUUCUCACCAACAAUUUUAGUUCUUUUAAAGGCCUCGGCAUUGGCUUUUCUGGUGACUAUUUGAAUGGCUCGUUCGCAGCCAAGCCGAGGCCCAACAGCGACGAGUACUCAAAGAAGGUGCCGCCGCCCAAGCCCAAGCGGAACCCGAGCACGCAGCUCAGCGCGUCCUUCGACGAGGAAUCAACAGAGGAGCUAAAAGUGCGAAGCCACAGCACAGAGCCACUGCCAAAGCUGGACAGCAAAGAGAAAGGACACCACGGUGCACCUUCCAGAGAGCCUGUCAAAGCUCAGGAAUGGGAUGGAACACCAGGGCCACCUGUGGUCACCAGCAGACUGGGAAGAUGCUCUGUGAGCCCCACCUUGUUAGCAGGAAACCACAGCUCAGAGCCGAAGGUGAGCUGCAAGCUGGGCCGGUCGGCGUCCACGUCGGGGGUGCCCCCCCCGGCCGUCCCUCCGCUCAGGCAAGCCAGUGACCUGCAACAGAGCCAGGUGGCAUGCAUGCAGUGGGUUCAUGGAGACCACACCAUGCUUGAGAUGAUUGAGAAAAAGCGUUGCUUGUGCAAGGAAAUCAAGGCUCGACAGAAAACGGAAAAGGGCCUUUGCAAGCAGGAUAGCAUGCCCAUCCUGCCCAGCUGGAAGAAGAACGCAGGGGCCAAGAAGUGCAGCCCGCCGCCCUACUCGAAACAGCAGACGGUGUUCUGGGACACGGCCAUCUGA